AAAAAAGAAGAAAGUAAAAAAGAAAGAGAGAGAUGAAUACACUGGGUGUUUUGAAAAUCAGAGUACGCAGAGGGAUUAAUCUUGCAGUGAGAGAUGCUUUUGGUAGUGAUCCUUAUGUUGUCAUCACCAUGGGCGGCCAGAAAGUGAAGACUCGAGUUAUUAAAGAGAAUAUCAAUCCUGUAUGGAAUGAGGAGUUGAGCCUUGCACUCUACGAUCCCAGCCUUCCUAUUACUUUAACGGUGUAUGACAAAGAUACGUUCACUGCAGAUGACAAAAUGGGAGAUGCCAAGAUAGAUAUAAAACCCUAUAUUGAUGCAAUAAACAUGGGAUUAGAAGGACUCCCAGAUGGUGUCAGGGUGGAUAGAGUUCAGCCAAACAGGGACAAUUGCCUUUCUGAUGAAAGUUGCAUAGUAUGGGAGAAUGGAAAGAUGACACAAAACAUGAUUCUUAGAUUGCAACAUGUAGAAUGUGGUGAAAUUGAGAUUCAAAUUGAAUUGAUUAAUGCUCAAGGUCGUAGAGGUGGCCUUUACAUCUAAAAAAAAUACUUUUGUUUAGUUUUAAUAUAUGUAAGCUAUCAAUUUUGACAUAUAAAUUUAUAUAACUAUAUUCGUUACUGUUGUAACUUGUAAGUAAUAUUAAUUUUUUGUUUUGUUUAUUGUAUUGGCAUUGAGCAUACUGUAUGGGUCCAAAUUUGACCGACCACGACCGACGACGAGUACGACGAUUAACAGAGUCUCCUCGAAUUGACGCCCUGAGGGAGACGACCCUGAGACAAACCAGAGACGGGACGACCCUUGUAAUAAUGUAUGGCUAUCAGGGGACAUUGGGUAUAUUCCUUUGAAUAUUCCUUGUAUUUUGCCCUUUACAGUUUAGAAGAAUUUCUCUCUUAGUAUAAAAGGAGGACAAUAACCUUGUAACCGGUAUUAAAAACUCUGGAGACAUUACUAUUUUUAUGAAUGAAAAGAAACCUCGUGACCUA